GUGGCACUUGAAAUCGACCACCACCUUGAAGCUCAACUUUGUCACUGACUUUGAGAGACCAUACUUUCUCGUCGUCGCGAGACCCGCCAGACUUGAAGAAAGCUUGCAUCAUGCUAUCCUACCUCCGUCAACCAUUCACCUCCCUCGCUUCCAUAGCUCAAUCUUCAUUCGCUUCUUCCUCUCGGACUCGAUUACCUCCUCUCGCAUCUUCUUCCUCCUUUAACCGAAUUUCAUUCCCUGCUCUUGAGCGACCGCAGACCCGUGGAUUGAAGCAGGUAUUGGCACCGAGAAGAACCAAGCAUAGAAAGUCCCAGAAGGGUCUACCUAUCCAUUUACCCAUCGGUGGCUCGAUCCGAGGGACCACGGUCAAAUUUGGAAACUAUGGACUCCGAAUCCUCGAAUCGCAUCGUCUAUCCGCUGCUGUCCUUCAUUCAUGUCGUGAAUCCUUACGAAAGAAAUUGAAACCCGUCAAAGGGUUCAAGUUGUACUUGAGAGUAUUCCCCGAUAUACCCAUCUGCGUCAAGGGAAACGAGGUCAGAAUGGGCAAGGGAAAAGGUGCCUUUGAAUUCUGGGCCUGCAGAGUUCCUGCUGGUCGUGUCAUUUGGGAGAUUGGAGCGCCGGGAGGUAUGCCUGAACAAGUGGCUAAAGCCGCUCUCAAACUCAUUCAGGUCAAACUGCCCGUUCGAUCCGAGAUCAUCAGUCGAUCAUCUCCCCCUCGACUAGGUACAUUAGUCUCGCAUGACCUACAAGAUCUCCGAACGAUCAAUUUGAUCCCUGUGGACCAACUUCCACCACCCCCGGGCACCCACUAUAGGAAACCCACUGUUUCCAGCAUGUCGCUCUUGAGCGCUGCAGCGGAAAGCACUGGCCCGCAAAUGGUGUCUAAGUUUUCAACCGCAGAGACCCUCGAUGGAUCUGAAGAGAGCGAAGAGGACCAAAUGAAGAAGGCAUUGUUACUGGCGGAGGAGAUGGGAGGAGAGAUUGAAACAGAAGCGCAGCUCUGAACCGGGUCGGACCCAAAAUACCACCACGGGCAUAGUUGGCCGCAUAUGGCUCCGCUCUCUGCGACAGUCACACAUGUAUAAAGUCAUAAUGGU